UCUCCUCGCAGCCCGACGCCAUUGCACGAAGCGGCUGGGGUGGCGGGCGAGCGUAUCUGGCCGCGAGGAAGCAGAGCAAGAAGCUCCUGGCUAAAAUCUUGGCCUUUUGAGAAUAUGCGGAGAAAGGAACUUUGCGCAGGGAAGGACUCAAGCAUGCCAUUUACCUAUCCUACAACUUCACAAUGAACUAUAAUACCAGUGUCAAUAGAAGUGGAGGAAGCAACUCUACCCAGGAAGAUGGUGGACUCAUUAUUGCAGCUUCAGUUGCCAUCAUUGUCAUUGCUGUGUUGAUCUUUCUGGGAAACCUGGUGAUUGUUGUAACUCUAUACAAAAAGUCAUACCUCUUGACUCCGAGCAACAAGUUUGUUUUCAGUCUGACGCUUUCUAAUUUUCUGCUGUCUGUUCUGGUGCUCCCUUUUAUCAUCACAAGCUCCAUCAAGCGAGAAUGGAUCUUCGGAGUGGUGUGGUGCAACCUUACAGCACUGCUUUGCAUGCUUACCAGCUCUGCCAGUAUGAUGACCCUUGGAGUCAUUGCAAUAGACCGGUACUAUGCUGUUGUUUACCCAAUGGUGUAUCCAAUGAAAAUAACUGGAAACCGUGCGAUUGUUGUAAUUGUAUACGUCUGGCUGCACUCUCUAAUUGGAUGCCUUCCUCCUCUUUUUGGCUGGUCGGCGUUUGAGUUUGACCAGUUCAAGUGGAUCUGUACAGCUACAUGGUACAAAGGAAUAAGUUACACUGUCUUUUGGCAAAUAUGGUGUGGACUGUUGCCAUUUUUAGCCAUGGUCAUUUGCUAUGGAUUUAUAUUUCGUGUGGCCAGACUCAAAGCACGGAAGAUUCACUGUGGAACUAUUAUUGUUGUUCAAGAAGAAUCCAAUAAGGAUGGAAGAAAAAAUUCAAACUCCUCUACCUCUUCAUCAGGAAGCAGAAGGAACACCAGCAAUAACAUUGUUUAUUCAGCCAAUCAAUGCAAAGCACUAACAACUAUUGUGAUUGUGAUUGGAGCUUUUGUUGUCACAUGGGGACCUUACAUGAUAGUGAUUAGCACUGAGGCACUUUAUGGUAAAGGGGCUGUUUCUCCAGGACUGGAGACAUUGGUAACGUGGCUGUCUUUUACCAGUGCUAUAUGUCAUCCCCUUAUCUAUGGCCUGUGGAAUAAAACGGUACGCAAAGAGCUGCUAGGGAUGUGCUUUGGUGACAGAUACUACAGGGAUUCAUUUGUUCAACGUCAGAGGACUUCCAGGCUGUUCAGCAUCUCCAGCCGCAUCACAGAUUUGGGAUUGUCCCCCCACCUCACAGCCCUGAUGGCUGGUGGACAAUCACUGGGUCAGAGCAGUAGUACUGCUGACACCGGAUUCAGCUUCUCUCAGGAUUCAGGCACUGAUGUCAUGCUUUUGGAAGAUUUCAGUUCAGACGGAACUCAUUAUUCAUGCCACAACAACUAUUCAAACAGAAGACGGAGUUCUGUGACAAUUGGUGAACUUCCAGAAUCACAAGAGGAGGUUGACCAUUCUUCAGUCCUGCAAAUCAAAGCAGAUGUUCAUAAAACCCUGGACCAUUUUGCCGCCAGUUUGGCCAAAGCUAUUGAAAUGGAUGCCAAAAUGAGCCUAUUUGGGGAAAGUUGUUUGCCUGGUGAUUUGUUUACAGUUAUUAAAACUGUACCUGGAGGUACCAGCAAAGGAAACAAAAUCUCUGCAGAUCAGAGAUUGAGGCUGGAGAGUAUAGAUGAAGGAAUUGUUAAUGAUGGCACAGAGGAAGAGAAUGCUCUGGAGGACUAAAGCAAACUUACAAUGUAGGGAAGGCAUUGCAUUUAUUUCUGGUGUGUUACUUGGCUGAGGCUUAAAAUAUCUUGUUAAUAUGCCUUCAUUUGUUGUACAAUUAUUCAAAUAUUGAUGUAUAAAAUUAUAGGCAAAAAAUUCAAACAGCUGGAAGAUACAAAAAAUGGGAGAAGCCAAAGUUAGCGCCCAUCUUAUAGUUAGUGCUUAUAAUUUGGCGGUGACAUACAAAAUGAAAUGCUCCUUUCCUCUAGGUUUAUGCAGUUGUACUAAUUCUAGAAAAUAAAUAUUUUGCAUUUUAGUAGUGACAGUUGCUAGCAGUGUCAAUGCCUGCUAUAUUGCAGAUGAAAUUUAGUCAGCUGGUUUCAGCAGCAGAUUUUUCAUGAAGGUAAGUUCAUUGAAAAUUAUGUAAUUCCAUGUCUUGAGCCUCGGUCUGUGUUCCAAACAAAAGUUAUGGCGAAGGUGUUUGGGGUGCUGGAAAGGGACAAAGAAAGUAUGUGAAGGCUACGUUAAUUAAUAGUUCUUUCAUAUGUGCAAGAGCAGUUUCUCUGUAAGUUUCAGCUUAAUGGUUGGUCUUAGUUUAACAUGUGGGUUGUGCAUUUUUUAAUGCCUGUUUUGAGGUAGGUAUGAAAUACAGAGUGUUUGUAGAUGAACUAGAGAUACUAUCUGAUUUCCCUUUAAAAGGUUUUGUUAUAUAUAAAAAAAAAUCAAUACCUAUGUCACCAAGGGUUUUGGAUGCCUGUGGAAAUGUGCAAGAUCAGACAGGAAAAGAACAGAAGCCAAAACUACACAUUGCUGAGCAUUAUAGUUCUGCCUUCCAAUGAUAGUACGUACUAUAUGGCAAAUACUGACUGUCAGUUGUUCACAUCUCUAAGCCAUGUGCUUGUUAAUUUUUUAAAAAAAUUUGGACAAUUGGUGUCUGAAUCGUGUAUAUCAAACUAAAAUGUAAUUAAGAUUUGUAAGUUAAAACGAAUGACAAAUUACCAUUGCCAUGUUUUAUAUUAAAAUAAAC